AUGACACUUACUAUUGAUAUGGCUACGAAAACAGCUACCCCAAAGACCCAAAAACCUAAAGUUAAUAACUUUGUAUUGGUCUUAGAGCAGUUCCUAGAAAAGCAUAAUUUGACGGCCGACUCUACUCCAAAACAAUUAAGCGAACAUGCUCCCAAACUUGAUGCUCUACUUCCCGAUUGGAUGGCCCGCAGGUGUGUUAAAGUCGCUCUUGCCAGAGGCACUGGUAACAGACGCUCAUUUAGUGGAGAGCAGGUAGAGGCUCUCUUACCGGAUAAGAGAAAGAGAAAACUCACUAUAGAGGAAAGGGCAAAAUAUUGCGCUAAAAUUGGUGAUGUUAUGGAUAUUUUCGCCCAUCAUUUAGAUUUAGGCCCAAAGAAUGAUUAUGAAAAUGAAAUAGUCGCCAGCGGUUCACACCAAUCACAAUUCCGUGUGAAGUUAGCAGAAGCUGGGGUAAGUCCUAAAAUUAUUAAUACCUAUGCCAAAGAUCCAAAACUUAUUCAAGAGUCAAAUAAAAUUCAGAAAAAGCAAACUAUGAAACGAAUGGCUAAUCCGGAUAGAAUUCCCACACAUUUCUCCUUAGCAAAUGUGAAUAAAAGGAUUCAGAACAUGGAUGUUUCCAAAAUUCCUACUAGAGAGGAUCUCGUGGACAUAAUUGUAAUGUUGAGUAUGAGACCUGCAGAAGUAAGAUCUCUUCGAAUUAAUCACUAUGAACUGGAUCAUUCAAACAUUCCAGCAUGGUACAAAGAUGGCUAUUCUUGGUAUUGCACAGAUGCAAUUAAGGCUAAAAAGUUAUCUGACCCUGUCUUUACUGGAAAAGGAACACGUAAUGCUUGGCCAUUUAACGAGUUCUUAAAACAAGAACCUUAUAGAACCAUACCUAAAAAAUUAAGAGAUUAUGGAAGUAAACACGCUUCCAGAAUCCAUGGUGGUAAGAAACCAACACCCCAACAUCUUAAACUGCUUUCGAGAAUCGCAAUGAGGCAAGAAUCAGACCGCUUUGAUGCGGGUGAUAAUUACGCUAUAGGUGAUACAGAAUCAGAAGAUGAUAUGUUUAUAAGAGAUACUAUUAAUUGGGUAGAUCGGUCAUCCCCUCCAAGCUCUCCAGUUUUAGAACCUGAAAAAGAUAAAGUACCAGCUCCCACACAAGAACAAAAUAACGCUUCCGCAACCCAGGACAAAAUAUCUGUUACUAAUUUUAAAAACCUCGCAUUUAAUAUUCUAAAAUAUUUCGAUGAUCCUAUUGUUAAAAAUGAAAAAUUCCCAGAACUAGAUAAAUGCGUAUUAUGUAAUAAAGAAAUUUUUUCAAGUCCUAUUAAGUCAUUCACAACACUAGCUUGCGGUCACGUAUUUCAUAGAAUUUGCAUCGAUAAAGAAAUUUUACUUACCAAAGAAAACGUAUGUCCUGUUAAAAACUGCAAAAAAAGUAUUGAAAUUCUUGAUCAGUUUUCUAGACGGGAUUCAGAAUCAAGCACGGCAUCAAUUGUUAGAAGAAUGGAAAAAUAUAAUAUUCGAAGUCCUCAAGAAAUUCACAGUGGCAUAUCUUUAGAGGGUGGAAGCACGGAUGUAAGGUCUGUGACGAAUGCAAUCACCAUUCACACCUAUAUUGUAAGACCUGCAAAAAAGUGGCAGAUGGAAUAUAUAAGUGAUGUGAAU